AUGUCUAAAGCUGUAGCUAGAGCUGGAUCGCUCAGUCCCGAGGUUCGCCUCGCUCAAGCUGUCUCCGAAUUCGAAGCCGACCUGCCCAGCGAAGAGACGUCUGCGUUUCGCGCGCUGCAGGCGCAGGCGAUUCUAGCGACACCUUCUCCGUGCGAUGUCAUGCGACUGACUGCCGAAUUUGACCGUCGCAUGUCGAAGAAAUUCGGCAGUCGAUGCUUUGGCCCGCGCUUCACCUACUUCCUUCAAGCGGUACAGCAAUUCGCUGCACUUGGUGACGUCGUUGUUGGAGGCUCGCAAAAUCUGAUUGCAUGUGGUGUGUGGUCACUGGUACGCAUGUCGUUGUUAGUCAAUGCUCGCACGGUUUCAUUACCCGAAAGCAACCCAGACAUCGAGACCUUCAUCGAAGCAGAACUCUAUCGAUGUCUUGAUCAAGAUCUUCUCAACAUCGGAGACUCUACUCUCAUAAUCGAUAUCCAAGACACGCUCCUUCAGGGGUCGCAAGGAAUGUUCCUCUGGGCGGCUCUUCAGAUCCAGUCAUUGUGUAGUAUGAAGACAGAUCACGCGAUCCGCGAAGCAUUGAAAGAUCUGCCAAGAGACCUUGCACAAACCUUUUCCCGCAUCUUACACAAAUCAGGAGCCUCGGAUCCGUCGCUCCAAGCAAAGAUACUGGAGGUCGUAUUGGCAGCUUGCCGACCUCUGACGACUGAGGAGUUGAGAGAAGCCUUAAGCGUCGAUCCCGGACAUGCAGUAUGGGAUCCGUCUAAGAUGUUGAACGAUGUGCAGUCAGCCCUAGCCUGCUGCGGAUGUCUUCUUACUGUCGAUGAGGAAGAGUCGACUGUCCGAGUCAUACAUCACAGCGUCAAGCAAUACAUUCUUCAUGGUCUUGACGACGUGAAGUACAUGGGCUUCUCUGUUGGAAGAGCACACGGAACGUUGGCGGAUAUCAUUGUUACCUAUCUUGGGUACGGUGUUUUCGAAACCCAACUUGAGAGAAACAAUGCCCGUCCGAUCUUAGCACAAGCAGUGCCUUCUACGGUCAUGCGAAACACCAUGGGCGGCUCGAGCUCCGCUCGGCAACUUGCUAUGAAGCUUCUCAAGUCCAAGAAGCAACCCGCGUUUGACUUGAGCAAGACGGUUGCUGAAGCUCGUGGGCAUUCGUACUCUGAACCCCAGGACGGAUUCAAAUUCUUUGGUUAUGCGACGACCAAUUGGCAGAAUCAUAUUCCAUACGUUACAAGUCGAGCUGAUGCUAUCUGCGAGCUUGCAACUACGCUAAUUCGGAGUCGAUCCUCGGAGCUGGAAACGACGAAUGCAGAUUCUAAUUUGUAUUGGAGCUUCGCUGCCACCACGCAUCAAGACACAAGAGUUCUCGAAUUGCUGAUGCUGCAAUCUAUGAAGAUAAAGCAGUGCGCAAUAAAGACAUUGGAGUUCCAAGUGGAGACCGAAGUAUUCAAUAGCCUGCAUACACAAAUAUCGAGGUCAGGACGGACUGGGAUAGACACAGUAAUAGUAUCGAAGACCGGUGACAAGGACACUAUCGAAGUACUCCUGAACGCCGGGGUUGAUGCCAAUAGCAAUAACGACGGGGCAACGCCGAUAAUCGUUCUGGCAGCGAGCAAUAGAGACGAAAACAUGAUUAAGUUCCUACUCAGCUUCAGCACGGUUGACGUCAAUGCGGGCGACAGUUCCGGGGCCACCGCAAUGAGAAAGGCCGUAGAGCAGGAAACCGAACAAAUCGUCAAGCUCCUUCUCAGCUCUGACAAGAUGGAUGUCAACGUGAAAGACGAUGUUGGGAAUACUGCAUUGCUGCAGGCCAUCGACACUGGAAAUGAGCGCAUUGUGAAGCUACUGAUCAACAACGAUAAGGUUGCCAUCAACGCGCAAAACAGCGCUGGGGGCACAGGACUACUCAAAGCUGUGAAAUAUGGAGAUGAGAAGAUCGUCAGACUGCUACUGGCUAUUCGCAACAUUGACGUCAAUGCGAGAGACAUAGAUGGGAAGACUGCAUUAAUGCACGCGGCGUGUAAGAGGAACAAGGACAUGAUGAAGCUACUGCUUGGAAGCAAGGGCGUCGAUGUUAACAUCAAGGAUGAUACUGGAAGAACUACAUUACUGGAUGUAGCAAGUAAAGGAUACAGCGACGUAGUCAAGCUGAUGCUGACAAGCAAAAACAUCGAAGUCAACACAGCGGACAAUACAGGGUGGACGCCACUGAUGUAUGCAGCAUUCCACGGAGAGAUAGAAGUGGUCCGGUUGCUUCUUACUAGUCGCAAGAUAGACGUUAAUGUGAAGGGGCAAUAUCACGUUACGGCGUUGACUUUGGCGGUAAGUAAGAGUCAUCAACAUGUUGUUGAGCUGCUGGUACUUUCACGCCACUAG